AUGAAUCGCAAACCCUCCGCACAAAGACCCACGACAACGGACACUUCUUUGCCAGCCCAGAGCCCAACAGUUCCGCCAGACCAGCCUAUCCCCUCCGCAACGAAGCAGAAGCCCAAAACGCCCGCAGGCAAACCAGUCGACGUGGACCGAAACACGGCAAUGCAUAGAGCUGCCAAGCUCGAGGCGACCAAGUAUCUUAUUCGCAGUAGUAGCGAUGAUGAUGACGACGACGACGAGCCUGCGUGGGAAACCGACGCCGACGGCGACGUGGUUAUGACUGACGCGCCGGAUAUGGAGUAUGCGCUGCUCCUCGUCGAGUACAUUAAGCAGUUGGUUCCGGAAAAGUUGGAAAAGUAA